AUGGAUAAACCACAAAAAUCAAAGUCAGACUUGAAAGAUUGGAUAGAAACAGACACCAUUUGCCGCAGUGUCCUGUUACUGCUUCAGAUGGGCAGCUAUUAUCAGAUAGAAACCUUAGCUGCAAGUUCUGUCUGCUUUGUGAAACAGAGACAUUCUUGGGCUUUGGAGAACAAGGACUCUUCUAGCAACAAAGGCUUUGCUGUAGAAUGGGGACUUCAACAGCUUGAAAAACGUGAUUUACGCAACUUUUACACAAUGGAAGAGGCUUCAGCCCCCAGCAGUCCAGAGAGUAGAGUGUCAGAUUAUUCUGAAGAUUCCUUUGAGUCUAUUACUGAUGAACCUAGUUGGACCGAUAGCAGACGAACAGGUUAUUCUGGUGAUUUGUUUGAAUCUGUUAGCGAUGAAUUCAGUCGGAAUGACCAUAGUGAAUCGAUUUCAGUGAAUACAUCUGAAAGCUUUUCAUUGUCAGACACAUCUCAGCAUCAAAGCCUAGGAAGAAACCUGAUUGGGAAAUGGAUAAAGAUUAUUGAGGACAAAGAGCUAGAGACAAGUGCUCAUACGUCUGAAUAUCAGCCUAUAUCUGUUACAGAGGCUGUAAAAGAGCAAAAGCAAAGUGCACAUUCAAAGAGUCCAGACAGGGAAGUUGAUGCUCUGCAGUUGUAUUGCACCAGGAAGAUUAAGAACAUCCUCCAACAAAGGAAGACGAGCAAUAGGACAGCGCUGCAACCUAUAACCUACACCAAACAUAAGGCAACAGGUGAAGCUAAGUGUUCUGUUCCCCAACAUCUUUUGAACAAGCUCCGACUAGAGAAUUUUAAAGAGACGAUGAAACAGGUAGCAGAAAUUAAAAUGCAUUGCCCAUCGACCUGUCAGGAUUGCUGCAAUAAAAAAUCAGAGCUUGCAAAAUCUAAAUUUAUCAAGAUGAAUAAAACUAAACUAGAAACAAAUUUACUGAAUGAGAAAAUGGAAACACUUAUGUACAGCAAGGACCUUGUCACAUGCAUUGGGGAAAUCCAUCAGUCUCUUCCCAGGCUUUCAGAAGAACGCAGCUCCAUCUGGCACAGACUGUGCAACAGUGGUAUAAGGACAUAAUAUGUUUUUAGAUUACCACCUGCAUAGUAUAUGAUUGCUCAUUGUUACGCUUAUAUAAGUUGCACAUCCGCAAUGCACAGAAUAAUAGUAUGCCUGUUUACAGUUGAACUGUUUUGCCUCCUUUAUGACAAUAAACUACAAGCUCUUUAUGCCA